AUGGUGGAGGCGAUCAUCGGGCCUCUGGUUGGGAGGCUGCAGGAGGUGGCCGUCGGCGAGGCGCGGGCGCUGGUGGGGGUGAACGCAGACAUCCACCGGCUCCGGGACAAGCUCAUGUGGCUGCAGGCCUUCCUCCGCGAGGCCGACACCAGGCGCCGUGCCGUCACCGACGAAGUCACUAGGGUCUGGACGCUGCAGAUGCGGGACGCCGUCUUCGACGCCGAGGACGCCCUCGAUCAUUACCAUCUCCAUGUGGACCUGUCCAGGUAUACCCACCCACCUUUAAUUAGUCGUCGAUUCAUAGCACACAAGCUUAAUUAA